UCACCAAAUAUCGUGACACUGAGCGAGAAAAUAACUCGCACAAAACCUUUUAUUCAGAAAGCUAACGAACUAGCAUAAACAAGCUAAAGUUAAGACUGAGGAGACGUCUCCGGUGCUUGGACAUUGACUAGUUAACUAGUUAUAUUGGACUGCGGUAUUUUGACUGCACAUUAGCUCGUUGUCGCUUUGUUGUACUCUUGUACGGUCUGAUUGAUGUAACGUCAAGCAGACGAGCUGCUGUAGGAUUUCGACGAUCCGCGUGAUCCCCACACUGCGCUGGUCAGGUCCAGUGAGCAACAGUCCAGCCCGGUCCCGGAUCUGCCAUGACCCGGCCUGCAGUCUGACGGGAAGAUAAUGGCUGCGGAGCUGUUUCCCACCAAGAAGCCGGUCCCGUCCGCCUCAGCGAGCAGCACCUCCAUCCAGCAGUACCAGCAGCAGAACGUGACCAACAACAACACCAGCAGCGCGGCUCAGGGCUGCUGCAACUGGCAGGGCCUGUACCCGACCAUCCGAGAGAGGAAUUCAGUCAUGUUCAACAAUGAGAUGAUGGCAGAUGUUCACUUUGUUGUGGGGCCGCCUGGCGGGACGCAGCGAGUCCCAGGACACAAGUAUGUCCUGGCCGUCGGCAGCUCGGUGUUCCACGCCAUGUUUUAUGGAGAACUGGCCGAGGAUCAGGACGAGAUCCGGAUCCCUGACGUGGAGCCUCCUUCGUUCCUGGCCAUGUUGAAGUAUAUCUACUGUGAUGAGAUCGACCUGUGUGCUGACACGGUGCUCGCCACCCUUUACGCCGCCAAAAAGUACAUUGUGCCUCACCUGGCCCGGGCCUGCGUCAACUUCCUGGAGACGAGUCUGAGCGCCAAGAACGCCUGCGUGCUGCUGUCUCAGAGCUGCCUGUUCGAGGAGCCCGACCUGACGCAGCGCUGCUGGGAGGUGAUCGACGCUCAGGCCGAACUCGCUUUGCGCUCCGAAGGCUUCUGCGACAUCGACAGCCAGACACUGGAGAGCAUCCUGCGGCGGGAGACGCUCAACGCCAAAGAGAUGGUGGUGUUUGAGGCGGCGCUGAACUGGGCCGAGGCCGAGUGUCAGCGGCAGGACCUGACGCCGACCAUCGAGAACAAGCGCCUGGUGCUGGGGAAGGCCAUCUACCUGAUCCGCAUCCCCACCAUGGCGCUGGAGGACUUUGCCAACGGAGCGGCGCAGUCCGGCGUGCUCACACUCAAUGAGACCAACGACAUCUUCCUGUGGUACACCGCCGCCAACAAGCCUGAACUGCUGUUCUGCACCAAACCCCGUAAAGGCCUGGCCCCGCAGCGCUGCCACCGUUUCCAGUCCUGCGCCUACAGGAGCAACCAGUGGCGGUACAGGGGCCGCUGCGACAGCAUCCAGUUCGCCGUGGACAGACGCGUCUUCAUCGCCGGCUUCGGCCUGUACGGCUCCAGCUGCGGUUCGGCCGAGUACAGCGCCAAGAUCGAGCUGAAGCGUCAGGGCGUCCCGAUGGCCCAGCGGAUCAUCAAGUACUUCUCGGACGGCUCCAGCAGCACCUUCCCCGUGUGGUUCGACUACCCGGUGCAGAUCGAGCCCGACACCUUCUACACCGCCAGCGUGGUGCUGGACGGCAACGAGCUCAGCUACUUCGGCCAGGAGGGCAUGACAGAAGUGCAGUGUGGGAAAGUGACCUUCCAGUUCCAGUGCUCCUCAGACAGCACCAACGGCACCGGAGUGCAGGGGGGCCAGAUCCCCGAACUGAUCUUCUACGCCUGAGGCGGGCCGGAGGGAGGAUGCCGCAGAGAUUUGUGCUUCACUGCCAUCUAGACUUUUACUUUGAAAGCGUGGAGACGAAUUCUCAGGAAGCCGUUUGAGGCGCGAGGGACUGUAGGAUCUGCUCCUCAGCCUUUGACAGAAGGAGGACUGAAAGUGGACUGAAUCCUUUACGUGCCCUCACACCUCUGCUGCUGUUCGCGAGUCAGACGGGCCAACCCAACCCCAGAAUUUUCCCCGUUGGCGUCACGGAUUCUCAGUUUAAAAAAAUUGUGUGAAAACUUCCAUUAGAUUCACAGGAAAUUGGAACAUCCUACAGCUCUGCUUCAAAUACUUUGAUAAAUAUGAAGUUUUGCUCUCUGAACUAAAUUUGAUCGUUUUUUGCUUCUUUGUGUUUUGAGUUUCACAAAUUGUGUAUUUUUCCCUGCGUUGGGUUUUGUCCCCUCAGGAUGUUUUUGUACUUUUCACUGGCUGUAACGUAACAUUCGCUGCUUUGUCUCCGACGUGACUUCCUGUUUUCUGUCUUUGCGUUGAGCUGGUUUUUCUUUGGGUUCCGGCUGACGCUGUGCAGCCUGCGGCUUGAGGGUUAUCGCCACACUGCACACAAUCAAAGUUUGGUUAUAAGAAAGUGAAAACCAGUGAAGGUUUUCAUUUUCGAAGCUUAAAACGUUUUUCUUCAAGCUGAUCUCAUGAAGACUUGAUGCACCCGAUGCUGAGGUUUCUCAGCUGUCCAGAACAAGUUUCAGCCCAGCCAGUGGAAAGGAAACGACUGGUGAACUUCAGAGAUUAUCUUCUUUAGCUCUGAGAGCCAAACUUCACACAUUCAUCACUAAAAAGUAUUCGGAGCAGAGCUGUCGGACCGUCUCGUGGAUUUGAUGGAAGUUUGCUAAAAUCCACGACGUGAAAGUGGGAGACUCAGGUUUGUGUGGACCCAGAAAACACGUGACAUCACACAGAAGACGUGCAGACGUGUCAGACUUUUCGUUUCCAGCUUCAUUGUGUGUUUAUCUGUUUUGUUCUUUUUGUUUAUCGGACUGUGAUGCGCUCAGAUUGUCCGUCUCAGAGUUCACAUUUGAUUACGUUAAAAUCUACUGUUAAAUGUGUUUUACUGUGACACAAACAGACAAAUCCAAGACACAGAAUCCAAAAAAACAAAGCUGCUUCAAAGUUAAGGUCGGGUGUUCGUGACCUGCCGUCGUCCUCGGGGGCUCCUCCACAAUAAGAGCACGUUUUCUGUUUCCUGCCUUAACGUUAAUGUGUUGAGUUUAACUCUGGGGCAUCGUGAACACAUUCCUGCUGUUACUGAAGGACUUACUGAAGCACUACCUUUAUUUUGAAACCCGUGCAGAUGUUUCCUGUUGGUUUGUAAUCGACAGCUGAUCGCGCUGCUGUUUUUGUACACUACUCAGAUCCUACAACCUUCCCCUGGUGCUUUGUUCCGUCUCUUCUCGGUUUCUGCUGUGAUGAAAAGUGGCAGAUUAAAGGGGCAUUUCAACCGUAAUCCACCUGACAUUCCACCUCGUCGGUCUGCAGGAGAAUCGAUGAUCUGAAAGGAUUUUGACUAAGCAGAAUCUCCUCAGACGUCACUCGUACGGAUACCUUGUCAACAAGUCGGGUUUUUAUUUUGAAAACCGUGACGCAGCACUUGAUUUUCUGUAAUGUUGCCGUCGUGUAAAUACGUCAGUGACUGAAGCGCCUCCUCGUCCGCUCUCUUUGAAAAUGUAGGAAAAAGAAACUUGUUUUUUAUGAUUCUGUCCUGAGGAAACAUAUUUUUGGACGUCUUUACUUCCUGUUGUCUGAUUCCAACCAGAAUGUGCUGUGAGUCGGUGGCCUUAUGAAUAUGUUGCUGUGACAAAUUGGAAAUAAAUGAUUAAGUCAAA